AUGGAAUACGAUGACAUGCCGGAGCUGCAGGAGGUGGAGGAGGACCAGACGUCUCAGAACCUGUUCCAUGUCACACCUGAGCAGUCUCAUCAGGGGCUCAGCUGUUCUCCCAAUACAAACUGGCUCGCUGAACUCGCCAAAAUCGCGACCAGCCCCCAAAGCCCCUUGCUGAAGGACGCCCCACACAAAAGGUCUUCUCCAGUCCACAUUUUUGGAACCAGUAAUAGUUUACAUUCCUAUGCUCGACCCCCGUUAGCCAGCAGUGCACCUAACCCAUCCAGAGGCCAUCUCCGGGAGCGCCGGCGUGUGCGGGCGAGCAGCGAAUCCGAAUCCGGAGUUUUUUCAAUGUCCUCCUCAUUCUCCGAUGAUGAAGACAUGGCCUGGUCUCACUCCUGGCCCACAACAGCAUGGCAUUGUUUUCUCAAAGGGACACGGCUGCGUUUCCACCGAGGGCCCAAUGUGGAGUGGCAGGAAGCAGAUGAGCUGGGGUACUCUGACGAUGAUUCUGACGAGGAAACUAUGAUGCCCUCAAUGUCGCUGAAAAGAUAUGGAUCUGAGGGGCUGAACCUGGUGAGCCACGAGGAGACGGUGUCUUAUGGUCAGGCAGUGCUUAAGCUGACCUUUGACCCCGGCUCUCCCGACCAAAGUCCUCUGACGGCCGAGUGUCGAUUGGAUCAUCCAUUUUUUGUGAAGAAUAAAGGGUGGUCCUCCUUUUAUCCGAGCCUUACUGUGGUGCACCAUGGGAUCCCGUGUUACGAGAUGCAGCUCGGGGACAUAUGCCUCCCGCCAAACCACCCAGACGCCAUAAACUGUGAUGACUCAGUUGUCUUUGACACUUUCAGAAGCUACGACUUUACUCCACUCGACUCUUCAGCGGUGUACGUCCUGAGCAGCAUGGCUCGACAGCGCAGGACCUCCCUGUCCAGUGGGGGCGCUGUGAGCCCAGACUGUGAUAAACUUGAACGCUCGUACUCCCCACAAUCCUCCAACCACAGAUCCAGGGCACACACCUCAGGGACCGCCACCAGUGCAACGCCAACCAAAUGCAAGAGGCCAAUGAAUGCCUUCAUGUUGUUCGCCAAGAAGUACAGAGUGGAGUACACACAGAUGUACCCUGGGAAAGACAACCGAGCCAUUAGUGUCAUUCUGGGCGACAAGUGGAAGAAGAUGAAGAACGAGGAGCGCAGGAUGUACACCAUGGAGGCCAAGGCUCUGGCGGAGGAGCAGAAGAGACUCAACCCGGACUGUUGGAAAAGAAAGAGGACCAACUCUGGAUCACUGCAGACCUAG